AAUUUUUGUGCAUUCUCUAUAUUCGUACAUUCCAUUUUUGUUUUUGGUAGCUUGUCUUAGUAAUUUAUAGUUAAUUCUUGAAUAUUCCUUCUUAUAUUAUUAAGUUGGGAAUAUUUAAAUUAAAAAAAGUCAGAUGAGCAAGAAGGAUCAAGAUACAUUAGACGCCGAUAUCGAUGAUAUUCUAGGUGGAAUUAGCGAUGAUGAGAAACCAGCGCCAAAACCAACUAGAGGUGGACAAACGAAAAAGCCAGAUGUUUACGAUGAUGCUUUCUACAAGAAUUUGAAACCAGACAUUUCAAAUGACAGCGACGUUUCUGAUGCUAAUGAUGUUUUGGCCGGAUUGGCUGAUAUGGAUGAUUUGGAUGCAAAUCUGUUCGGAACUAAAAAAUCGACUACACCUAGCAAAGAACCACCAAAAAAGCCCUUAAGUCAGGAGAAGAAACCAGCGGUUGAGGAAAAGAAACCACCGAUAAAAAAGGAUAUUGAUUUCGAUGAUGAUGAUGAUCCAUUGGAUUUUUUAAAUACUGGAAGCUCUGACAAAUCAAAAGACAGUCGUAGAAUGGAAGUUGAAAGGCCUCCAACUAGAACUGGAAGCCAGAGAAAUGAAACUACGAUAGCGACAAGAGCUGGAUCUAUACAACAGUCAACAUCCAGUGGAUCCAGCGGAAAGAAAAAAAGUGGAGAUGAUUUUUUCGACGACGAUGAUUUUUUAGAUGGCCUUGGCCUUGAUUCUAAGGCGUCUGACAAGCAGAAAUUAGCUUUUGAGCAGAUGUCCAAAGAAAGGGAACAAAUAUCUAGACUGAAAGACAAGUUAUUAGAAGAACAAAAGUCUGCGUUAGUUGAUAUAAGUAAGGAGAGACAGUCUCUGGCUGAAGAACAGAUGCAAAGACAGAGAAUUUUCACAAAGAGAGAGCGGUCAGAUAUUGAAUUGGAGGCUCAAAAAAUGAAAUUAAUGGAAGAUCAGCAUAAAUUGCAAAUUGAUCAGGAACACUUUGAAAAGGAAAAAGCAGAAUUUGAUGUGAAGGUAAGGGAGCUCCUUAAAAAGGAAGCUAAAUUGGACCAAGCUUUAAAAGGUCUACAACAACGUGCCAACGAAGUUCAGGAUUUCACAGCUAUUGCCUUAAGGAUGAAGCAGGAAGGUGUAGAAGCCCUAGCUCUUUCUAGACAAAAGGAAAGCGAACAUAAAUCGCGACUCCAACAAAUUGAAGCGCAGUUAGUAGCAUUACAAACAAAAGAGAAGCGUAUAGCGGAAGAACAGCUCGAAUUAGCUCGCGGUAAGCAGCAAGGAGGAGCUUCAGAACUAUGCCACAAUUGUCGGCUACCAGUUAAAGAUGUAAAUGUCGAAAUGGACAGAGCACCUAUACCACUAACAACACAGGCCAGAAAAUUAUACGACAGAUUACAAUCGUACGAAAAUGACCAAAGUCAAAAUACGAUAAUGAAUAUUUCUAAUCAAAUGCAAGCAAAUAGAUCUAUAACAUUAGCAAAAAUUCAUAAGAAAAAGGAUGAAGAUUUUCUACAAGACGAAAGAAUGUAUUUACAAGCAUUACAAAGCGCUUCUUACAACUAA